UUGGCGAGGUAAUCACACGAAACGGAAAAGAUCGGCAAUUGCCUCACAUGGUGAAAUAACACAGUUCCAGAACCCACUACAAAUCAACAUUUUUGGAAACCAGGCGUGAAUUGAAGGCUAGAAAGGCUAUAGUUAAUUUCACAACGGCUUUCAAGUGAUUCGAGGACUUAUAUAAGGCACAGAUAAUGUCUGGAACAAUAACAAUCAACGGCACCAGCCAUGAAGUUAAUCUGGCUGCCCUGCCAGCGGAUAUCUCCCUGAACUCGUUUAUCCGGGAGCACGCCGGUUUAACGGGCACAAAGUUCAUGUGCCAGGAGGGCGGAUGCGGAGUCUGCGUCUGCACUCUGACCGGACUGCAUCCGGAGACCGGAGAACCACGCACCUGGGCGGUUAACUCGUGCCUAACGCUGCUGAACACCUGUUUGGGUUUGGAGGUGACCACCACAGAGGGAUUGGGAAACAAACGGAUCGGCUACCAUGCAAUCCAACAGCGACUGGCCAAGAUGAACGGAACCCAGUGCGGCUACUGUUCGCCGGGAAUCGUGAUGAAUAUGUAUGGCCUACUGAAAUCCAAGGGCGGUAAGGUCACCAUGGAGGAGGUGGAGAACUCCUUCGGUGGAAAUAUCUGCCGCUGUACCGGCUAUCGUCCUAUUUUGGAUGCCAUGAAGUCCUUUGCUGUGGACAGCACAAUUAAGGUGCCAGCUGAGUGCAUAGACAUCGAGGACCUGAGCACCAAGCAAUGCCCCAAAACGGGACAAACUUGUUCCGGCAGUUGCAAGAAACAGCCAAAGAGCAGUCAACUCUAUCCGGAUGGUAGUCGCUGGAGCUGGCCAGAGAAUCUGGGUGAUCUCUUUGCUGCCUUACAGGGAGCAGUCAAGGAAAAGCUGCCCUACAUGCUGGUGGCUGGUAAUACGGCCCAUGGAGUCUAUAGACGAAGCCACGAUAUCAAGGCAUUCAUAGAUGUAACCGGCUUGGCGGAGCUCAAGGGCCACAAGUUGAGCGCCGAUAACUCCUCCUUAACGUUGGGAGGCAGUCUGAGCCUCACCGAAACCAUGGAGAUUUGCCGCCAUUUGGAGAAUACAAAGGGUUUCGAGUAUCUUUCCCAGGUGUGGCAACAUCUCGAUUGGAUCGCCAAUGUCCCAGUGCGCAAUGCCGGCACCUUGGCGGGCAACCUGUCCAUCAAGCAUGCCCACCCGGAGUUCCCCUCGGACGUGUUUAUCGUCCUGGAGGCACUUGAUGCCCGUGUGAUUGUCCAGGAGGCGGUGGACAAGCAGGAGACUGUGAGUCUGGCCAGCUAUCUGGCUGCUUCGAUGGAGGGAAAGAUCAUCCGUGGUCUGGUGCUGUCCGCUUAUCCCAAGGAGCGCUUUGCAUUUGACUCUUACAAGAUCAUGCCUCGCGCCCAGAAUGCCCAUGCCUAUGUGAACGCUGCCUUCCUCGUGGAAUUCACACCGGACUCCAAGGUGAAGUCUUCACGAAUUUGCUUUGGUGGAAUAAAUCCUGGAUUCGUGCAUGCCACUGCGAUUGAAAAGUUGAUUCAAGGAAAGAAUCCCUUCGAGAACGGACUGGUGGAGAAGGCUUUCGGACAGCUUUCUACUCUGCUCCAACCCGAUGCAAUCCUUCCGGAUGCUUCUCCCCUCUACCGUCGCAAGUUGGCCUGCGGUCUUUUCUACAAAUUCCUGCUAAAGAUAGCACCUCAGAGAAAUCAGAGAUUGGCCAGUCAAUUUGUAACAGGAGGUUCUCUUCUGAAACGGCCAGUGUCCGAUGGCCAGCAGAACUUCGAGACCUUCCAGGAGCACUAUCCGGUGACCAAGGCCACGGAGAAGCACGAGGGUCUGAUCCAGUGCUCCGGCGAAGCUACGUACUGCAACGAUUUGCCGACUCAGCACAACCAGCUAUGGGCGGCGUUUGUCACGGCCAAGAAAGUGGGUGCAAAGGUCACUAAAGUUGAUCCCCAGCCAGCUUUGGAUCUGCCCGGAGUGGUAGCCUACCUGGAUGCCAAGGACAUUCCCGGACCCAACUAUAUUGGUCCUAAGGUCAGGGAUGACUUUUUCUUUCCGCAAGACGAGGAGCUCUUCGCUACGGGUGCGAUCAAGUUCUAUGGUCAGCCCAUAGGCGUGAUCCUUGCCAGCUCCAACUCUCUGGCCAAUCGGGCCGCAGAGCUGGUGAAGCUGAGCUACGAGGGCGAAGCCAAGGACCUUCUACCUACUUUGAAGCAUGUUCUGGAUAAGAUCGGAUCGGAAGCUGGCAGCAACAAGCGAUUGGAGCAGAAGGUUAAGUCCACCAUCGAUGUCCUAAAACUUGAGGAACCCUUCGACUUGAGCUCUUCUGGGCAGCUGGAAAUGGGUCUGCAGUAUCACUACUACAUGGAGCCGCAGACCACGGUGGUUCUGCCCUUUGAGGGUGGCUUGCAGGUGUUCGCAGCCACCCAAUGGAUGGACCUUACCCAGGACACCGUGGCCAAUGUGCUUAACCUUAAGAGCAACGAAGUUCAGGUAAAGACUCGUCGCAUUGGAGGCGGUUACGGUGGCAAGGCAACACGAUGCAAUUUGGCCGCCGCCGCUGCAGCCGUGGCUGCUCAUAAGCUGAACCGACCCGUUAGAUUUGUUCAAUCCUUGGAGUCGAUUAUGACUAGCAUUGGCAAGCGAUGGGCCUUCCACUGCGACUACGAUUUCUUUGUUCAGAAAUCCGGAAAGAUCUCUGGGAUUGUGAGUCGUUUCUACGAGGAUGCUGGGUACCUGGCCAACGAAUCCCCAAUUGGUCACACCGUUUUGCUGUCCAAGAAUUGUUACGAGUUUAGCGACAACUACAAGCUGGAUGGAUACUUGGUGUACUCGGAUUCCCCGUCCAACACUCCGUGCCGUGCACCUGGCUCCGUGGAGGGCAUCGCCAUGAUGGAGAACAUAAUUGAGCACAUUGCCUUUGAGACCGGCCUGGAUCCGGCUGAUGUACGUUAUGCCAACAUGCUGCCGGCUCACAAGAUGGGCGAAAUGAUGCCGCGAUUCCUGGAGAGCACCAAAUACAAGAAACGCAGGGAAGACAUCAUUGCCUAUAACAAGGUAAACCGCUGGCGCAAGCGCGGAUUAGGUCUGUGCAUUAUGGAGUACCAAAUCGGCUAUUUCGGACAGUUCCCCGCCACAGUGGCCAUUUACCAUAGCGAUGGUACCGUCGUGGUAUCCCACGGUGGCAUUGAAAUGGGUCAAGGCAUGAACACCAAGAUCUCGCAGGUUGUGGGCCACACCCUGGGCAUUCCAAUGGAACAGGUGCGCAUCGAGGCCAGUGAUACCAUCAACGGAGCCAACUCCAUGGUCACUGGAGGAGCCGUCGGCAGUGAAACCCUCUGCUUUGCGGUUCGCAAGGCCUGCGAGACCCUCAAUCAGCGAUUGGAGCCACUGCGCGAGGAAUUGAAGCCGGAGAAUUGGCAGGACCUUAUCAAGGAGGCCUACAACCGCAAGAUCAACCUUAUCGCCAGCGAUCAGUGCAAACAGGGCGACAUGGAUCCGUACUCCGUGUGCGGUCUCUGUCUCACCGAGGUGGAGUUGGAUGUCCUCACCGGCAACUACAUCGUGGGAAGAGUGGAUAUCCUGGAGGACACUGGCGAGAGUCUGAACCCCAAUGUUGACAUUGGCCAAAUCGAAGGCGCCUUCAUGAUGGGUCUUGGUUACUGGACCUCCGAACAGGUCAUUGUUGAUCCUCAGACUGGCGAGUGCCUCACGAAUCGAACUUGGACGUAUAAGCCCCCAGGAGCAAAGGACAUACCCACUGAUCUGCGCAUCGAGCUGCUGCCUAAGAGUCCGAACAAGGCAGGAUUCAUGAGGUCCAAAGCCACUGGUGAGCCUGCCAUCUGUCUGUCCAUCGCGGUGGCCUUCGCCCUGCAGCAGGCCCUGCAAUCAGCACGCGAUGACGCCGGCGUGCCCAAGUCUUGGGUGACCCUCACCGCCCCGAUGACCCCUGAGCUCCUGGUCCUUCACUCUGGCACCGAGCCCAGUCAGUUCAAGCUGAACUAAGCGGAUCAGGAGUAGGAGUAGGAACUGUAUUCCUGACCGUGGGACAUGGCACGUGGCCGCGAUGGGAACGCUCCGAUAAGCACGCCCAGAUAACCUGCACUUACACCCCCACUUAACCUGGCGGAUCCGCCGACUCUAGACUAGCAGACAUUGUGUUGUGUGCACAAUAAAUUAAAAACUUAUCCAACGCUUAA